CGAUGAAUGAUUCACAGCUCUAGAAGUUUCUGUAAGUGUUGUCUAUCACGUGAUCUGCAGUGCACUCAAUGCGAGCGAUGUCUGGUGUGGGAGACAUGGGUUCGGACACUGCAUCGGAUGGUGUGGUGCAGAAGGGCUGCCCUUUCUGUGCCAUCGCUCACAAGCAGUCAUCCAAUGAAACCACACUUUUAUAUGAAGAUAACAAUUAUGUGAUAAUCCAAGACAUCCGUCCGGCUGUCGAUCACCACUACUUACUGAUCACUAAAAAACACAUUAAAAAUGCCAAACAAAUGAAGACUACGGAAGGCAUUGAAAUGAUUAAGGAAAUGAAGACAAUUGGUGUGCAGUUCAUGUCCUCUAAAGGAUUAACUAAUGAAACAGAGUUAAGGCAAUUAAUUGUAGUGAUGCCUAACCAUCUGAUCCCAACCCUA